UAUAUAUAAACUGUAUAUAGAUACACACAUAUAUAUAGCUACAUGUACUUAUUAGAUAAGUCAACCAACCCCACUUACACUCUUUUCAUUGAUGAUGAGAGUUGCAAGCAUUCAGAGGUUGUCUCUUUUUGUACUCCUGUCGCCCACCAGCCUCGGUCGUCUCAGCCGGAGCGCAGAGCGGCGGAAGGAGGGAGGGGUUUGAGCCGCACCGGGAAACUAGAGGCUUGAUGCAGCCUCCGCCGAACGAAGUCAGGCUGUCUCUAGACCGCAAUGGCUAUGGGUCUAACGUCGAAAAAAUCGUCUUCCAGAAACAGCGGCGUGGAACGCAAGAAUCUCAUCACCGUCUGCAGGUUUUCUGUGAAGACGUUGUUGGAAAAGUACACUGCUGAGCCUAUUGAUGACUCAUCAGAGGAGUUCAUCAACUUUGCGGCAAUUUUGGAGCACAUCCUCAGUCAUCGUUUCAAAGGUCCAGGUGGUUGGUUCAGUUCAGAUGGCCAGAGGAGUUUCUGGGACUAUAUCCGUCUGGCCUGCAGUAAAGUCCACAACAACUGCAUCAGUAGCAUUGAGAGCAUUGAGAACAUUAGCACGUCACGAGCAAAGGGACGAGCCUGGAUUCGUGUAGCUUUGAUGGAGAAGCGUUUGUCUGAAUAUGUAGCCACUGCGUUAAGAGACACUCGGACUACAAGGAGAUUUUAUGAUGAUGGUGCCAUAAUGCUAAGGGAGGAGGCUACCGUUCUGACGGGGAUGCUAAUUGGACUCAGUGCUAUUGACUUCAGUUUCUGUCUAAAAGGAGAGGUUUUGGAUGGAAAGACACCUGCAGUGAUCGACUACACACCUUACCUGAAGUUCACCCAGAGCUAUGACUACCUGAGUGAUGAAGAAGACCGCCGCAGUGUGGACAGCAGUGCCAGUGAUGAGAGUGUAGCCGAGCAUCCUUACAUUCCUUUGGUCACAGAUGAAGAGACCUGGAGCAACAAAUGCAGAAAGAUGGAGCAAAGAUUCAAGAUUGUCUAUGCCCAAAAGGGUUAUUUAGAGGAAUUGGUCCGCUUGAGGGAAUCCCAGCUGAAAAAUGUAGAAACUGAGAACAAGAGGCUAGUUGCUAAACUAGAGGAACUACAGGUCCAGAGUCGACAAGAGAAGAAAGAACUGGAGGCCAUUAUACUGGAGCUACAAGCACAACUCACUGGCAUAAUUCCUCAUGAGUCCUCUCAUUUGGGACUCAAAGGACUGUCUAUUCCACUCAUUAACCAAUGCACAACUGCACAACCCACCAACAACAAAGAAAAUGUAAAGCUGUUCCGUCGGAGGAGUUUUCACAGUUUGGAUCUCUCAGCUGAUGUGAGUUUGAACUCUGACUCUCAGAAGGAAGACGGCAUUCAGAAUGGAGACACAACCUGGUCAGCAGCUAAAGACAACACUCCCUCUAUGCUUGGUCUAUGUGGUUCUUUGGCUUCUCUACCCAGCUGUAAGUCACUGGCAAGUCUCAAAUCCACUGAGUAUUUGGUCAACAUCAGCACAGAGCCUAGUCCUGCCCUGUCUCCUAGCUAGGGGGCGCCAAAUUCCAACUAACAAGACACUCUCAGUCCCAGUACGACUUUGUACUUUGAGUACUUUCCACCAAGAAACAUCACAACGGUCCUACCAACAUCCUUCAAAGAUCCCAGUGAGCUGAAACAAUGUAAUAUAUAUACAAGGUGUUUUAUCUGAAUUUGGUUUUUGUGAAGUGUAAGACCUUAAAAAUCCAUGAAUGGCAACCCCUCCAGCACUCGCUUAUUUUCUUAUCUUUACUUGCCAAUUUAUUAUUCACUCUUGUCUUCCACCCUUCAGUACAGUCUUCUUCAGAAUGUUUGAGUGUCUGUAACAUUCCCUGAGCCUGAUAUUACAGCCCAAAGGCACAGCAGCUUAUCUCUGUUAGUUUUGAACUCAUUAGUCCUUGAAUUCCCUGCACCAGCGGCAUAAACAGAUCAAAGUGAAAAACACAAAACUCAAGACUUGGCAGUUAUUUAUUAUACAUAAAUCCAUCUUAAUGAAUAUGAACAUACAGAGUGGCACAUCUGUUCAUGUUACCCACAGUUGAAUCUCUGAUUUAGACAUAUUACCUUUCUUAUGCUUAUUAAUAAAAGAUAUGAGGGAAUAAAAGAGAGACCAAGGAAAGAACUGUUGCCUGUAUCUGCAUGUCAAAUGCGCUUUAUUGAGGCUGUAAAUGCCUCAGCUGACUUUAUGUACUUGCUCCUUUGACAGUUAUAUUAUGUGACUGGAAGUAACUGCAAGUGUUGUCAGCUAAAUUCAAAUCUUUUGUCAUAUUUAUCUUACUGGUGUUGCUUCAUUCAUUGUAUUUCUUCAGUUUCUGUAUGUGUACAUAAUUGUCUAUUUUGUUAUGCGGUGGCAGUGCUCUGCGGUUUUGAAUU